GGAAAAUACCUAUGCAUACAUCAUUACAAGGACGAACUUAUUGCAUAAUUGCUCCGAUAAAACGAGAGUUCACGUGCACCGUGUGUGAUGCCAGUGAUUCGAUAUCGAUAUAAUACUGUACGGCACUAUGAGCAGCUCCGCCCACUCCGCCCUUCAGUUGAAACCGUCGGGUCGGGGCGAGAGCACCGCUGAAACGCAGACAGAAAUAAUACGGUUUCCUUUGUCAAUGUACUGGUGUUAGGAAAAAUCGGCGGCCCCCCCUUCCAACCACUUUUCUGUACAUCCGUUUGGACAUCUCACUCAUAAAUAAAAUUGUGAAAAAUUUAUUCAAAAUGAUAGAAGACAAUUGAGUGAUCAGUUUACUCUGUUUAUUUUCACUUCAAAGUUGAUACAGUGAGUGUUAGAAUGAUCGCCAUGAGGAACUCGCAUUGACAGUGAUCGAGAGCUAGGAAGCUCUACAAACUACAGCUAAUCCAUCAAUGCUAAAUUACAGACUAGUCUCAACACAUUUCUUGAAGCAACCGUAAAAUCUCAACGACCCAAUACCGUAUUGACUGUUUGUGCCGUACCACUAUGUGCCGGAAAAGGGACAAGUCGGCGAUAAGGAGUGACAUCAUCAAAUAAAACCUAUUUGUGAAGAGCCAAUAAGACUCUAUAGUCUAUAGUUUAGUGUCAAGUUUUCCGCCAAAACGGCGCGCGAUUUCGGGCCACCGUUUCGUUUUGUUUCUUUCAAUUUAUUUUACAUCAAAGGAUAAGCAAUAGCCCGGUUGUUUAGUGUUUGAUUGUCUACAAUUGGACGGGGUUUUGCUCUAAGGCGGGCCCCAAUUGCACGACACUGGCCAGCCGCACACGAGAUAAUAUUUCCAGGAUAUUAAAUUCCAUAGUUGGCGCCGCAAGAUACUGUAUUAAUCUUCACGUAAACGGCCCUUUUGGAUAUUGGGGAUUUAAUUUGAAGUCUAAAGUUAAAGCAGAAACAUGGUACAAUUGGAAUGUGAACAACAGGGUUACGGGCAAGACGAGUGCUCGAGCGAGCAGCGGGUUGUAAUAUCUGGCCUCGCGUGGCCUGCGCAGUGCUGCGAGCGGGAGGAGUGCGAGAAGGAGACGGAAGACAUGGCAGCGCCCGAGUGCGAGCGAGAGGCGCGCAAGCGUCGCGAGCGCCGCGACUCGGGGUGUGCGCACGAGCGCAAGGAGCGAAGACCGCACAGCGAAGAACGGAUGCAGCCACCGCCGCCUCCCCCGCCACUACAUGACUACAAUAGACUAGAGUCGGAACGGCGAGCCGAGCGCUUGUCUCGUGCGCGCCGACCCCAAUACGGUGGCAAACGUCGCCGAGCACCCGUCCGCACCCUCAAGCAUCCCAAGGAGAACGAAUGUUACACUACAACAGAGGAGCGCUGCGCCACACCCCCAUCCUUCGACUACAACGCUUUGCAGAAACCACAAUUAUGCGACGAACCGGAAACCUUGGAUGCUGGCGCAUUGCAGCGUCAAGUUGGGCGUACAGUUAGCGUCGACAGCACUGAAUCCAUUGAUAUUGAAGAGGAGAGCGCACGGGCAGCGGCGGCGGAACGCGCGCGGCGCGACGAGCGUAGCACUGCGACUCGGCCGCACACGCGCCACGACCAGCCCUGCCCCGACCUGAGGCUCGACAAGAUCAGCAAGAAGAUCAGCGUACUAAAGAAAACUAUCGCCAAGUAUGAAAGCGAUUACGAAGCGAAGAACGGCCACGAAUUGACGCCCAGCGAUCGAAUCACUGACGUGCAGCUAACCCGAAUGUAUGAAACCUUGCGGCGGCUACAGGCGGAGAAGCGAUGUAUCAAAUCGGACCCAGUAGAGUACGCCUCGAAAGUUCAAGCAGCCAAGCAGCAGAAGGAGCGCGACGAUAAACUAGAUGAUGCCUUGAAGAGUGAUAAGCCCAUGACUGAUAUUGUGCGGGACAUAGAAGAGUGGCUGGACGGUUGCCGGCAAGCGGCUGGUCGUUCGACAGUGGCAGAAGCGGGGUGGUCUGCGGCGCAGUUAGCAGCGGAGAAGCUGUGCGUGCAGCGAGUGUUGUUGCGGCUCGAAGCAGCUAGGGGAAGACCACCAGCGCAUUCUGCCGAAAGAGGCGCUGCUAGGCAUCUGUACGAGCGAUAUAGGGCCGUAAAACGAGCCCUGGCCACAUCAAGGCCUGAUGCGGUAAGAAUUUAAAGACUUAGCAUUUAGAAUGGAAUCUUCAUUGGCAGCGCAGUAAGCAGCAGAGAAGCUGUGCAUGCAGCGAGUGUUGUUACUGCUCGAAGCAGCAAAAGGCAGGCCACCGGUGCAGUCUGCUGAGAGAGGAGUGGCAAGGCAUCUUUACGAGCGAUACAGGGCCGUCAAACGAGCCCUGGCCACGUCGAGGCCUGAUGCGGUAAGGAUUUAAAGACUUACCAUUUAGAUUGGAGCGCACAUCGGCGGCGCAGUUAUCAGCGGGGAAGCUUUGUCGCAGCGAGUGUUAUUGCGGUUCGAAGCAGCUAGAUGCAGGCCACCGGUGCAUUCUGCUGCAGAGAGGAGUGGCAAGGCAUCUUUACGAGCGAUACAGGGCCGUCAAACGAGCCCUGACCACGUCGAGGCCUGAUGCGGUAAACAUUUAAAUACACCGUUUAGAUUGGAGCGUCCUUCUUCGGUACAGUUGGCAGCGGUAGGGAUUUAAAGACUUAGCAUUUAGAUUGGAAUGUCCAUUGGCAGCGCAGUAAGCGGCAGAAAAGCUUUGCGUGCAGCGAAUGUUGUUGUCACUCGAAGCAACAAGAGAUAGGCCACCUACACAUUCUGCCGAAAGAGGGGCUGCUAGGCAUCUGUAAGAGCGAUACAGGUUCAUUAAACGAGCGCUGGUUACGUCAAGUCUUGAUGCGGUAAGGAUUAGGAGAUUACCAUUUAGAUUGGAGCGCCAUUGGCAGCGAAAUUUGUAGCGCAGAAUUCACUAUGUCUGUAGGCUAGAAAUCAGUAAGAAAAUGGCCGCAAGUUCAUUUAGUCAUGUGGAGAACGGAUCUGCCAGUGUAGUGAGCAUAGAACACUUGUAUUACACUUUUCAGGAUUUCCUACUUUAACGAAGUGGAGUGCACGACUUGAAAUAAAUUUUCUAACAUCUUGACGCAGCGCUCCUAUGAUCCCGCUUAUGCAAGCGGACGGAUUGGUGGGUUCAGAAAUCAGGUACUAGGAAAUAUAGUACGUGGUUGCUUAUGUGUUAUUGAUAUAUUUUAAGCUAUUUAGUUUUUAUAGUAUGCUCGUUAGUAAUGCCAGGUUUUAGAGAUAGAAGCUUAUCGGCGAUGGAGAGGGAUUAUAAUAACCACCUGUUUGGCUCAACUCACACUGGCGCAGAGUUGCGUCAUGUUUUUUGCCUCUGGAAUACCUUAAAGGAGUAGGAAAAUAGAGAUUAAUUUGAUACAGGCGAAACGCGUCACGUCGUUUCGACUAUGCG